UUUAUAGAGUCACAACUUCUAAACUAAAAUUCACAUCGACAUUUUGUGAAGAGCUUAGAAUAUCUAAACGUUGAAAUGGCCAAAGAUCAAGGAGAAGUUCAAUUGUUAGGUGUAGGAGGAAGCCCAUUUGUUCGAAGGGUGCAAAUUGCUCUAAAACUAAAGGGUAUUGAAUACACUUACAUUGAAGAAAAUUUAAGGAACAAAAGUGAUCUUCUUCUUAAGUAUAAUCCUAUUCACAAGAAGGUGCCUGUUUUUGUCCAUAAUGGAAAACCCUUAGCUGAGUCCCUUGUGAUCCUUGAAUACAUUGAUGAAACAUGGGAGAACUAUCCUAUUUUCCCUCAACAACCCUAUGAGAAAGCCUUGGCUCGAUUUUGGUCUAGAUUCAUUGAUGACAAGAUCCUGCCAGCAAUAUCAAAGGCUGCAUGGACAGUGAACAAAGAAGAACGUGAGAAAGGCAUUGAAGAAUCAUUGCAAGCCCUACAAUUUCUUGAGAAUGAACUCAAGCACAAAUUCUUUGGUGGAGAAAACAUUAGCAUUGUGGACAUUGCUGCUUCCUACUUAGCUUUCUGGCUUCCUGCGAUUGAAGAAGCUGUAGGGUUAAAGGUUCUUAGCAGUGACAAAUUUCCUAAGCUCUAUAAGUGGAGUCAAGAAUUCAACAAUCAUCCUAUUGUGAAAGAGAAUCUCCCUCCAAAAGAUGGACUCCUCGGCUUUUUCAAAUCUCGAUAUGCAGCGAUUAGUGCUGCUUCGAAAUAGACUGAUUUCAGGAGUGAUGCCGCAUGCUCGAGAGCCGUUGGAUUAAGAGAGAUAAAUAGGUUGGUCUUUAGACUAAUCCCAGAAAUAAAGAAAAUUUCACUCAUUUUAGUUUAUUUGAGCUGUAUUUUGAGUUUUAUUGUCACUUAUGAGUACAAAUUUGAUAUUUAUAAUUAGUUCAAGUCUCCUAUAUGAUAUGGAGUGCUAUCUUAUCUUAUUAUCUUAAAUGAUUGAAAGGUUCAAAUGAUGAGAAUAAUUUUGGUUAA